UCGAAAGACCCAGUCUUGUCCUUUCCUACCUUUCCUAGUAUAAGUAGAGGAGUUUCUGUUCAAAAGAACCAGCACUCGCUAUCUUCCAAGAUUUGAAUAUGUCAAGCUAUUAUGCUCUUCUGCCAUGGCUGGCCUGCGCUUUGUUGGCGGUUCUAGCUAAUUCUGCAAGUUUUGCUUCUGCUGCAAUCGUCCGACACUCUUUCACCGUGCAAAAUCUAAAAGUAAACAGACUCUGCAGUGAUCAAGUUAUAACUACAGUAAAUGGACAGUUCCCUGGCCCAACUAUAACCGUUCGAGAGGGAGACAAUCUUAUCGUCAACGUUAUCAAUCAAUCACCUUAUAACAUCACCAUUCAUUGGCAUGGAGUGUCUGGUCUGAAUCCAUGGGCAGAUGGACCUAGUAUGAUUACUCAAUGUCCCAUACGACCUGGAUAUAACUAUACCUACAAUUUCAGCAUCACCAAGCACGAAGGAACUCUCUUCUGGCAUGCUCACAACGCAUGGUUCCGUAAUACCGUUUUUGGCCUAAUCGUUAUCAAACCCAGAUUAGGCCAUUCAACUCCAUACCCCAGACCCUUCCGCGAAGUUCCCAUCAUCCUAGGAGAGUGGUGGAAUGCGAGUGUCCUUGAUGUCGAACAAACAACAGUAAAUUCCGGUGGUACCCCUCAAGCUAAUGAUGCUUUCUUCAUCAAUGGAUUACCCGGAGAUCUCUAUGAUUGCUCUCAAAAUCAAAUGUUCAGGUUCAAUGUGAAGAAAGGAAAAACCUAUCUCCUACGCAUACUCAAUGCUGGAAUCAACAACAAUAUGUUCUUCAAGAUAGCCAAUCACAGCAUGACAGUUGUCGGCAUUGACGGCUCAUACACAAAACCUUAUGUCACCGACGUUAUCAUGAUUGCCCUCGGCCAGACCACCGACGUCCUCCUCACCGCUAACCAGCCACUGGGGUCUUAUUACAUGGCAGCCACCCAUUACGAUCUUGUCGGAGAACCUGGUGAAGACACGUUCACUAGAGGCCUGAUCGUCUACGAUGGUGCCAGCUCAUCAAUGACUCCGGUAGAUCCCGUUUUACCUUUCCACAACGACACAUCAACGGUCUUCAAGUUUCAAAGCAGUCUGUCUUCCCUUGUUGGUGGACCUCAUUUUCUCCCCGUUCCGCGUUUGGUGGAUGAACAUAUGUUUAUCACCGUUGGAUUGGGGAUAGUACCGUGUGAUUUAAAUGCCACGUGUAGUGGUCCGUUCGGGCAGAGAAUGGCGGCGAGCAUGAACAACGUGUCGUUCGAGGCUCCCACCAAAUUAUCUUUAUUGGAAGCAUUUUAUUACAAUGUGAGUGGAAUCUACACCGUUGAUUUCCCUGAUAAUCCUCCCGUACAGUUUGAUUACAUAAGCGGCAGCAUCAGCUUAAAUCGAUCGCUUAUAGCUACAAAAAAAUCAACGAGCGUGAAGAGAUUGAAGUUCAAUUCGACGGUCGAGAUUGUUUUCCAAGACACGGCCUUGCUUUCCAAAGGAGCGAACCACCCCAUGCACCUUCACGGUUUCAGCUUUCAUAUUUUGGCUCAAGAUUUUGGAAAUUAUGACCCCGUAAGUGACCGUCAAAAAUUCAAUCUUGUUAAUCCACCGUUACGCAACACACUCUUUGUACCAAAAGGAGGUUGGAUCGCCAUUAGAUUCACGGCCAACAAGCCAGGUGUAUGGUUGAUGCAUUGCCACAUGGACGUACACGUGUCGUGGGGCAUGGAGACGGCUUUCUUGGUUGAGAAUGGGCCCACUCCGUCAGAUAUGUUGGCUCCUCCACCACUUGAUCGGCCUCAGUGUUGAUCAAUUUAAUUAGAAUUACCAUAAAACAAUUCAAUGUUAUUUCCUUUGAAUUAACAUUUAGUAUUGUUAGCGGAAUAAAAAAAAUAAUUGUGGAUAAA